CCCAGGAAGUGACGGCCCCGCUCGCGGACUUGCGGAGUCGGUGAAGUCCGCAACGCCAGCUGAGCUGCGGGCGCGUUCCUGGGCCCUGGGCGAUGGAGAAUGGAGCGGUGUACAGGCCCACCACGGAGGAGGACCCGGGCCCCGGGAGGGGCGCCCGCAGGGGCCUUGCCGCCUGCUUCUCCCUAGGCAAGCUCAGGUGGUAUCGGCGCGUUCUCAAAGCCUUGCAGUUGGUGUUUUCUUUGCUGGCCUUUAUCUGUGAGGAGGUUGUAUCGCAAUGCACUCUGUGUGGAGGACUUUACUUUUUUGAAUUUGUCAGCUGCAGUGCCUUUCUUCUGAGUCUCCUUAUACUGAUCGUGUACUGCACCCCAGUUUAUGACAGAGUUGACGCUGGAAAAGUAAAGUCAUCGGAUUUCUAUAUUACUUUGGGAACAGGAUGUGUGUUUUUGUUGGCAUCCAUCAUUUUCGUUUCCACACAUGACAGGACUUCAGUUGAAUUUGCUGCAACUGUAUUUGGAUUUCUAGCAAGUUUUAUGUUCCUGUUUGACUUUGUCAGUAUGCUCUGUGAGAAACACCAUGAGCCUGAGCCAAGAAAACCUGAGGGUGUGACGAGGGGAGAGGCCGUCACUGAGCCACUUAAUGCUUAGAGACGCCAGGGAGCAAAUGCUAGCACAGUGUGGCGGCUGCAUUCUGCCUGAGACAGGCAGAUGCUCUUGUAGGAUUUGUGUAAUUGCUAAGCCACUUCCGGAGAGCAAAGAGAAGUGCAGGAAGGCAUUUUUAUUAACAUUGGACUGUGUAUCAGUCAUCACAAAUUUGGCCAGAGGGUUUUUUUGUUCCCUGAAAUUUUUUUUAUAAUGGUCAAAACAUUAAAAUGGUUGAAAAUGGUCAAAUGAAGUUUGGUUUUUUAUGAUUUGGAGGUGAAGGCAGUUAUUUCCUUAAAUCAUUUAGCUGAACUGAUGAUGCAUUAUUCUGUUGUCAUUGCUAAUCCUAAUUUCAGAUUUAUGCUUUAGCGCUGUAUGAACAGCAUGAUUAAGUUUAUCCAUUUAGAAAUUAUUUCUUUUUAAAUUAAUUUACGUAGCCAUGAGUUUGUUUUUUGGUGAUUAGAUAAAAUUUAAUGUAUAUUUAAGGGACCAGUAGUCAAAAUGUUGGUCUAAACUUCUUUCCUGAAAAUAUAAUACCCAGGCUUUACUGUAUCUAACUCAGCUUUAAAAUUAUAUGGUAACAUUUUAGGAUAAUUAUUCUUAACUCUGAAACCUUUUGUAGCCUAAUGGAAAAUGUAUGGGAGAUGUUGGUAUUUUAUAAGUAUAAAAGCAGCAACAUCAGGAGCCCUGUGUUUAUACCACACUUUGGUGGUGGUUGAUACCUAGUAAAAAAAAAUUUUUUUUUACAUAUAACACAUAGAAAAACGGGAAAAACUAAUACCAUACCUAAUGACCAAAGACAAGAAAGAUACACUUUUUGUGCAAUAUAGUGAAAGUAAUUACAAAAGCAGGCUUCCACCACUUGCUAAGUGUCUGAAGAGAUGAGUUCAUGUUGUGAGUUAGAAGAUGGUCUGUUCCCCUUAUUCACCUUAAUCUUACUGACAUAAGAUUACUGCUCAGAUUAAUAUAGCUCUGCAGGUCCUGUUCCAUGUCUUCUUUGGCACCAAUUUUCUUUUUAAAAUCCCACCUUUCAAUUUUUCAUCUACUUGAGAGACUCCAUUUGCUGUCUUAUCAGAAUGGCCCACACCCUGCUUCGUCAUCCAGCAGAGGUGGCCCCCAGCUCUGACUUUCUUAAUAGCAGUUGUCUUCCGGCCAGCUGGCCAGUAUCCGGGGCCCUUCCCAUUGCAUAGAGUAUAUGGCAGGACCUUGAGGGCACUUGUUCCCACACAGGUGGGGCUCUGGUGUCUCUUUGGAGGAGACCUUCUUAAGAAAGGAAUUUCUAGAGAAUCUGCCCAGGUUAGUAUGGUUGAUGGUGUAAGAGAGUAGUCAAACCAGACCCUUUAUAGCCAGUUCUGAUGAUUUGGAAGAGCUGAGUGUGCUGGCAGGCCAUCUUAGAGCCCUGGGUAGGACCGUUCUGACCAAGUGGUUCAUAGAUGAGACCUUUCUUGUCCUCAUACUAGAUUUUUGACUGACUGGAGCCCCUCUUGUUAAGAUGGCGAGCCCACACACCAGCUCCUUAGGUACUUUGGUGGAGGUCUCCUCGGGGGGUGGCUGAGGCUGAGGCGUUCUACCUGAGGAGUGGAAUCAGAUUUAAAAUGAGACAAUUUAGUGACCCCAUCCUUUUAAAAUUUCUUAUCUGCCAUAUGUAUGUGUUGUAGAUGAGUUUCGCCUGCAUGUAUGUGGUGCAUGUGUCUCUCAAAAAUUGGUCAUAAUGGCGAGAUACAGCUUCUCUUCUGUCUUACUGACUUAGAGUCUGGAUAUCAGCACUACUACUUACUUGGGAGAUAAUGAAUGCUCUUUUUACUCUGACAUGCCAUCUAAGAGAGGAGAAAUAGCCUGGGUCUUGGGUUCGAGAAUAAAGACUGGUUCAAAGAUGACCAGCUUAUGGUAGGCAAGUUCUGCGAUUUCACAUCAAACUGUACCAUUGUCAUUUUAAAUACCAUACAGACUCAGCUGGGAUUCACAGCAAACAUCUGAGCUACUUCAGGGUCCCUGCACAUGCAUUGGGGAGUUGGAUGGAUAGACCCUCAGCUGGCCUCACGUGUAUGCAUGUUGGCAUCGAGCUUAAUAAAGCUCUCCUUGUCUGAGAUUCCACUUCCAUUUGUUGUUGGUAUAGAAGUAGUUCUCUUAGCUGGUCACUUAGUCAUUUCCUUUUCAGAAAGAUAAUAUGUUUCCUGGUAAUCUGGGGUCAUUCUAGAAACUCUUCAUUCUGUCUUUUGUGGGACCCAUGACUGAUUAUCCUUCCUCUUCUAUUGUAGAAGGAAUUAGAAGUAAAAAGACCAUUGUGGUAAAUAAGAAAGUUCAAGGAGCACUUGGGACCAAACCCUAUUAUGUACAGAAAAGGGGAAACUCAAUUUUUAAUUAACAGCUAUGGUAAAUUUAAUUUGUUAUAUUUUAUACAAAUUGUUUAGAAUAGUUAUUAAAAAUUAUAAGGGAAAUGCACUUACAAGUCCAAAAAUUUUGUAACUGUUUUACUUAAAUUAUAUUCUGUAUGGGGACUGGGAAAUGUAUUUUUACAUUGUUUAUAGCGAAUCAUUUUUGUAUUUAUCAAUUUAAAUCCUGUGGGUCUUUUUAGCUCUCUCAGUGUCAAAUUUUGUAGUCUUCUUUUUAAAUAAAUUCAUUUUAUUGUCCAUA